AUGAACAAUAAUAGCCACAACUGGCUGGGUUUCUCUCUCUACCCCCACAUGGAGCUUCCUGCAGACCCACAUCAUCAGGGUGCCUCGGUGCCGGGGGGGCUCUUCCUCUCUCCCACUGUAAGCAGCAAUGGAAUCUGCUAUGGAGUCGGAGGGGAAAACGAAAGGUUCUACUCUCAGCUAUUCUUUUCCCCGUUCAAGUCCGAUGGACCCGUCUGCAUAAUGGAAGGUGGAUUGCCCUCUCUCUCUCCUCUCCUCCCUUCUUUCCCUUCCUCUUCUUCUCUGACCUGCUGCCGCGAUCUGGCGAAGGAAUGGCGCCGUCUUCUUCCCCAAAACUGGAAGAUUUCUUAGGCGGCGGCGGGGCCGGCUCGGCCAUGGAGAUCCACCAUUACGGGAAUGACGACAGUAUCAGAGGCCACCACUCUCUGGAGCUCCUCCACCUUCCCUUUCGGUCGGAGGAGCACCAACAGUCUUAUCUUCAGCAGCCACUGCAGAGCAUUUUCCAAACUCCUCCCAUGGGGGAGCCACCGGCGGCCUUCUCUCAGCCCUCCUCCGUCAACCCCUCUCUGCAGAUUCCUCCCUCUGCAACCAUCGACGGUGACUCCAUGAACGAGGUCAAGAAGAUGGGGAGCUUCAAGAACGCCCAGAAGCAGCCUCUCCACCGCAAGUCUAUCGAUACCUUCGGGCAGCGGACUUCUCAGUAUCGAGGGGUCACAAGGUUCGUAGAACAAAACCGCGUAAAUCGGCCCGCCAUAAAUUUGCAGGGUUUAUUUCCGACCGACGAGCCCGCCCUUCGUCUUCCUCAGACACAGGUGGACUGGUAGAUACGAGGCUCAUCUCUGGGACAACAGCUGCAAGAAGGAGGGCCAAACCAGGAAGGGGAGGCAAGGUCAGCGUCAUCUUCUAUUGGGCAUGAAUGAUUCUCCUUCUAUCGCGUCCAGAGCCUUCUCGUUUUCUGACCGUCUUCCCUGUUCUGUCUCCGUUUACGACGGCGGGGACGCCAUUAAACUCCUCGACGAUCUCCAGUCUAUCUGGGUAAUCUUCUUCUUCGAUCUCCUCUUUUUGUCUGCCGUAAGUUCGUAAUCUUGGUUGGUCAACGCCUCGGUUUGUAACCCGUCCAUCGACCGAUCAGGAGGCUACGACACGGAAGAGAAGGCCGCGAGGGCUUACGACUUAGCGGCGCUCAAAUACUGGGGGACUUCGACCCACAUCAACUUCCCGGUAUCUCCGGCGCCGCUCAUCGUUGACUUUCUUUCACAAAUGGACCACCCGCUGUUCUUCGAGUUUCUGUUCUGAUCCAUCCAUCUGGGUUUGACUCAGUUGGAAGCUUACCGCGAUGAGCUUGAAGAGAUGAAGAACAUGACCCGCCUGGAGUACGUCGCCCACUUGAGAAGGUAGCCCACAACUCACCAUCCCUAGUGAAAACCAGCUAAUCUCUCUCUCUCUCUGUCUCUGUCUCUCUCUCUCUCUCUCUCUAUCGGUGGGUGGUGCUGCUUGCAGGAAGAGCAGCGGGUUUUCGAGGGGCGCGUCGAUGUACCGAGGAGUCACGAGGUGGGCGACGAGUUUAUCUCGAAUGAACCGACAUUCUCUAAUGUUUUCUCGCACAUUUUCCCAUCCUCACCUUAUCACAUGCUGUGAUUAUCUUCUCUGUUCUUCAGACAUCACCAGCAUGGCAGAUGGCAGGCUCGGAUCGGGAGGGUCGCCGGCAACAAGGACCUCUAUCUUGGAACAUUCGGUGAGCUCCGAUUAAAAUAUUCGGGCUUUUGGUGGAACGAUAAUCUGCAGGAUUAUCGCCGUCAUCUCGUCCCGCAUUCUUUGGAAGAUGUUGGUUGACUUUCUUGGUCGAGAUGAUCAUCCAUCGACACGUCUUCGUUCGCGGUCUACGUUGCAGGCACCCAAGAGGAAGCCGCAGAAGCUUACGACGUCGCCGCCAUCAAGUUCCGGGGGCUAAGCGCCGUCACUAACUUCGACAUUACUCGAUACGACGUGGAGAAGAUCGCGGCGAGCAGCACCCCGCUCACCGCUGACUACGCCAGGAGGAAGACCGCCGUGGCGGCGGCGGCGGGGAUGGUUGACCUCGCCCUACAGAAGGGCGACUCCUCGGUACCCGCCGCCGCCGCCGGCUGUGGUUGCGGGACCCCGCCGUUCUCGCCGCCGCCAGUCAGCGUCGCCCAGUUCGACACCUCUGUUCCCAUCACCACGUCGUGGAUGCCGAUGACCCAGCCGUCCUCAACGGUCUCCAGGCCUGUUUUUGCCGCGUGGACCGACGUUUAA